AUGUCCUCCCCUUCUUCGUCGUCCAGGCGCCAGUGGUGCUACUUGUGUGACCUGCCGAAGAUGCCGUGGACCGUGGUGUGGGACUUCAGCGAGGUGGUCUGUCGCGGUUGCGUUAACUACGAAGGGGCUAAUCAGAUCGAGUUCCUAAUAGCAAGCGCCCGCCAACUUAAACGGAGUCACGGCAUGCAGGACGGUAACGUGAGGUCGCCCGGCCCCUCACCCAACAAACACGGCUCGUUAGCGAGAGCAGAGCCCGGACCAGACGGUGGAAGGCAGCAUACGGAGCGCUUUGACCGGGCAGGACGGGGAGAAGGCGGCGGAACGGCGAUACGUGUUCCGCCCAACGGGCUGCACCGCGACGGGCAGCCGCAUCAAGAGGUGAACCGUCAGAGCCCCAGCAGCAACCGAAGACACAUGAUCGGAGCUGCCAUCGCUCCCAAUCUGGUGACUCAAAGUAUUGCGGGAAUCCCCCCUGGGCUGCUUACGGGCAUGCCAGCGGGUCUGACCGCCAGGACCGCACCGAUGAGCGGUCCUAUGAUCUUCCCUGGGCCGGUGUUGGCUGAGAUGAGUCGCAGACAGCUGGGGAUCGGGUUGGGAAUCUCACCCUUCAUCACUCCAGAGCUGGAGCGGGAGCUCAGUUCCUCCCAGAGCCAGCCCAAGUCCCAGACUCAGUCCCAGUCUGGCACCGGCGGCAGCAAGAGUACAAGCAUAUCUUCUUCAUCUUUUUCCAUGGCUGGAGGCGUGAGCCAGACUAGUCCCAAGCCGGCCUCAUCUCCAGCCAGACAGCAACGCCCCCCAACAGUAAGGUCUGGAGCUGAGCCUCUUGGAUCCAGCAGCUCAGCCGAGGCAGCCACCACUGCUGCUGCGUUACCCAAUAAUGGUGCCUCUGAGCUGGGAUCAGCAUCUGCCACCAACACCCAUCCAACUGGAAGCAGUCUGUCCUGCACUUUGUGCCAUGAGCGACUUGAAGACACACACUUUGUCCAGUGUCCAUCAGUCCCAGGGCAUAGGUUCUGCUUCCCGUGCACCAGAGUGUACAUUCAAAGCCGACGGGGAGAUGGGGAGGUGUACUGCCCCAGCGGAGAGCGCUGCCCGCUGGACAACUCGCCCAACAGCCCUCCAUGGGCCUUCAUGCAGGGAGAGGUCUCCACUAUCCUCGGCACUGGUUCAGCACCAGCAGGAUCUGCAUCAGCAGCUGCAUCUGGACCAAGUACAGGGUCGGGAGCUGCUCCAGCAUCUGGAUCAGGGAAUGGAGCUGCAGGAGCAGCUGGCAGUGGAGGAGGAGGCGGAGACGUCACUGUUAAAAAAGAGAGAGAGACGUGAUGGCGCUUCUGAUGGUGACAAGGACCGAAGACAGCAGCAGGCAGAAUUGGAUUCAGUACAAUAAGGGAUGUCUACACUGGACUGCCGAGGGACCCAGAAGAGAAACACAAAAACAGAAAUCCUCCACGACACAGGUUCUGACUCCUCUAACUCGGAGUUCAGAAGCUGCUCUGCUUUUUUCCCAUCAAAAUCAGUUUUCUCAGUUAACAAAGAGUAAAUGUUUUGGUUGUCCUCAUUUAAAAUGAAUUUAAAUUUAACCUUCCUUACAAUUCCUAAUCCAGGAAAAAUUAGACUCAGUUUGGUGAACAGCUGAGAUUUUGGUGAAACAAUUUUCCUGAAGAGAAGUGUGACGGAUCCUGUAAGACGAGCUGAUGCGUCAGACGUCAUCGUCUAAACAUUGAGUGUUUGAGUUGGAACUCUGACUGAUGAUGCCCAUGUUAGUAACUAGCUUCUGUUGGCAGACUGAUUUAGCUUAAAGCAACACCCUCAAUGAUUCAAAGAUGCUAAACAUCAACCUAGAACAUGUCUCCAUAGCCUCGUGUGUAAUGAUCCAAGUGCUUGGCGUUGUUUCUGUUUCAUAAAGUCAAGUAAAAACAGAUAACUCGCUUUGGCUCAGCGUGGUCCAGUUAACAUACUGGGAUCACACCAACAGCACCUGUCCACAUGCUGACAUUCUAAUUUAUAGGUUCUCUGUGGCUAAUAAUAGGUUAUUUCAUGAACGUUUAAGAACCGUGUUCAGAAAAACAUCUUUGCCUUCUAACCCGGCCGUCCUUUCAUCCCAGCUACACGCACACAUGUCCAUUAUUUCUCUGGAUAUCUUGUGAAACUUUCCCCAUAUCCCCUAGAAACAAAAGGGACAAGUUAAAGUUUAAAAAGGACUCGAUAGAAACAAAACGACAGUAACAUUAAUUGUACAUUAUAGUGUUGUGCAACUGUAAGUGAAUAAAGAAUGAAUUUCACAGCAACAUGGUAGAAGACAGGGAAGAAAAAUGGAUGAUGUGUAACUUUGGUGUUACAUUAUUCUGAGUCUGAAAACAGCUUUGUCACAUUUUAAUAAGCGAUUAAGGUCUAAACAUUAAAAAUGUGAAAGCAUCCUUCAUUUAGUGCGUUGAAGGUGCAGAACCACAACAGUUUCUCUCUGAAUCAUCACAGAGCUGAAUGAAAAUGUAAUGUUUGUGUCGGAGAGACCACAAACACCCUCCUCUUUCUGACCCCGCACCCCUGCCAUGCUUGGUUUAAACAAAGCAAGUAGAGGAAAGCUUGGAGAUAUUUUAUGGCUCUCAGAGUAUAAAGAAGUUACACUCUCCUAAAAAACCACACGGGCUCUGAUUUAUCUUCAACAUUAAUUAAACCUACGUCUCCCUGCCUGAUUUGGAAACGAUGGGAGCCUUUUGGAAAUUGGAGAAUAAGAUCCUGGAUUCAGGGAAUCCACACAGAGACCAGCACAAACAACGCUAAGAUAGUAAGCACUGUUUUAUACUGACUGCUCUCAUGCACACUAUGGGACGCUACUUCUGCUCCAGAUACAGAUAAGUAAUGAUUGUUGACUAAAAAGGCCAACAAGAAACCUUUGAAACAUUCGUAAUUCAAGUUUUAAAGAGAUGUUUGAGUCGUCUAAAAUCAGUACUGAAAGGUUAGAGCUUUACAAAACAUCAUCUCUAUGCAUUCAUAUUUGGCAUCAGAAGGGUCAGACCUGACUGCAGUAAAGAUUAAAGCUCUCUUGUUUUGGGUGGAGGGCAGUAUUCUCUGCCAGGUCCACUUCUAGUUUGGCGUCACAUUUUGACAAAGUUUCAAAUCCAGCCAAAAGAAAUCUGACUUUAAACGCAAACUGACGAUAUGGGCAGAUAAGCAGUCGCAACAUUUCUCUUCUUCUCUCUGUUUUCUUCAUGCCUGCUUUUCAUGAAUCUGUGACUCGGAGACAGGAGGAUGUUAACGGUGUUGACUCGACCCGUCAACCAGCCGCAGACUCCCGGUUUCCAGCCCAGCCUACGCUUUACCCCGAAUGUAUAUUUUCAAAGAUAUCUAUUGUUAGGCCUAGGACUAUAUUUUAUACUAGAAUGUUAAAUGUUAUAUACUGUAAGGAUCUGUUAUGGUAUGUAUGUGCAAUCCCUUAGUCUUAUAAGCAGCAGUUUGAAAUAUGUUAUGGAAUAUAAUUGCAUAUCUUUAGAAAAAACUUUUAAAGGGAGAAUCCACCUAAAAAAAAAAAAAGUUUUAAAUAUUUUGGUCCCACGUAUGAUGAUUUUAUUUGUACACUUCUCUGAUUUUAUUUGAUUAAUGGACAUUUGAUGAAACUAAAGUGGGUCGGCCAGCGUCAGCCGAGGGUUAUUCUGAGUUUGUGUUUUGGGUCGAUUCUCUCUUCUUGUGCAGUAUGUACCCGUCAGUGCAGAUGCACACACAAACCAAAGGUCAUUUUUAGCCCAACUUGAUGUUUCUGGAUGUAAAUGUUUAGUGAAAAAAUAUAUUUCAUUUUUUAUUGAGCAGGAUUGAAACAGCUGCUUUUCUUUAUCGGCCCCUAUCGGUUUAAAAGCCCGUGUUCUGUUCUAUGAUGGGAUGGAAUAACUGAUGGUGUCCAGCGUGUAAUAUCCCAUAGAUUGGCUCUGUUUUAGAGGAAUGUCUUUGAAGAUUUUGAUAUCAAGUACAUUAUGCACUGAUACGUGAUGCAAUCCCUCGGUAAGUGCCUUCUUAAAAACGUUCACCAUCUGUUUGCGACUGGGAACCUCAGGGGAAGUCGGAGGGCAACACGCUCUUUCUCAUGUUAGCGAUAACCCGAAUCAGUUCCCCUCGAUCGCCAUCAGACGGCUUUUCCUUUUACCUGAAGCCUUUCUGAAGUCACCUGGCGUUGUUUUAUCUGCAUCCCCUUCAGUUUGAGUCUCUUUUUAUCCAUGUGCUUGUUUUUGUAGAGCUUUUGGUUUUACUGCAGCUUCAUGUACAAAAUAGAAACCAUCAAUAAACGGGAUGGAAACAUG